GUGCCCCUACCCACCUUUUUCUGUUUCUAACGGAGGCGAGUCUUUCAGGGGACAUAAUACUCUUUGCACGAACUGUGUCCUUUGCACACACAUUUUCUGCAGAAUUAAGAGCCACUGAAAGUGCAGAACACUGAACAAUGCUGUGAAGCACUCCAUCAUCUCAUAUCAGACUAUGCAAGUAGCAACCAUGAGGUUCAUAACUCAAAGCCGAUUACCUUUGAGCCUCUCAUUGGUAUGUCGGAGAUGUCAGUUGCUACAGACCAUCAUGAGAUCUUCCUUUCACUGCAGAAAAGUAGUGCCAGUGGCUAAUACAACAUGGACUAGAUGGUACUCCUCUAGUGAUCAAGGUGAAGAACCAGAUUUUUCUCCCCACUCAACUCAUGCAAAAGCCAACCUUACAGUACCAGAUCAGGCCAGAGUGGUCAUUUGUGGUGGGGGUGUCAUAGGUCUCUCUGUGGCAUAUCAUCUGGCAGAGAAGGGCUGGACGGAUGUUGUUGUUUUGGAACAAGGCAGUCUGACAUGUGGAACAACAUUUCAUGCUGCGGGCUUGGUGGGGCGCAUGCGGUCUUCCAGACUGGAGUCAAAACUGUGUGACUACAGUGCUUCAUUAUAUAAGCAGUGGGAGUCAGAGGGAGAUGGAGUUGGAUGGAAACAGUGUGGAAGCCUGAACGUUGCUCAGACACUGGAUCGCAUGAUAGCACUGAAGCGCCAGCAUGAGAUAGCAAAAACCCUAGGAAUGGAGUGCCAUGUUGUCACACCAUCUGACAUUAAGAAGAUCUCUCCCUUGUUAAAAGUGGAUGAUUUGCAAGGUGGACUUUGGAUCCCUGGAGAUGGGAGAGUUACAGCACCAGAUGUUGCUAUGGUUUUCUCCAGAAAAGCCAAGGCAAAAGGUGUAAAGAUCAUUGAAGGGGUCAGUAUACGUCAAGUGAUGACAGAAAAUUUUAAGGUGGCAAAGGUGGAGACAUCUGCUGGGAAUAUAAAGUGUGAAUAUUUUGUCAAUGCUGCUGGCAUGUGGGCACGCACACUGGGCAAGAAAACAGUACCUAAUAGGGUUAACGUCCCUGUUCAUGCCUGUGAACAUUAUUACCUGGUUACCAAGCCCAUGGAAGGUGUAGACUCUCUUAUGCCAGUUGUGCGAGAUUAUGACAACUACAUCUAUACUCGAGAAUGGAAUGGUGGAAUCCUAGCUGGAGGAUUUGAGCCUAAUCCCAUACCAUGCUUCCAUCAUGGUGUUCCUGACAAGUUUGAAUUCCAGCUUUUACAAGAGGACUAUGAUCAUUUUCAUGUCUUGCUUAACUACAUCUUGAACCGUAUCCCUGCCUUGGAAGAGGCAGAAGUUAGGCAGGUGGUCAAUGGACCUGAGAGCUUCACACCAGACUCACAGUGGCUCCUAGGAGAAAGUCCAGAGAUAGUGAAUUAUUUUAUAGCAGCAGGUAUGAAUUCUAAAGGAAUAGCAGGAGCAGGAGGUGUGGGUAAAUUUAUGGCAGAAUGGAUUGUGGAUGGCUACCCAAGUGAAAACCUUUGGGCAUAUGACAUUCGACGUUUCAUAGGUCAUCACAAUAACAAAAGAUUCCUAAGAGACCGUAUGCAGGAAGCAUUUCCAAACCACUGCAUCCUGAAGUAUCCACGUGAAGAGUACACAUCUGGGCGCAUGUUGAGAUCAUCUCCCUUAUACACUCGUCAGGAGGUUGCAGGUGCUGUGUUUGGAGAGACAAUGGCUUAUGAGCGAGCCAUGUAUUUUAAUCUAGAAGAUGAUAAGGAUAAGGAUAACAAGAGGCGUAUGUGGACGUUUACCAAACCAAAGUGGUUUGAAGCAGUGCAAGAAGAGUACUGGGCUUGUAAAGAACGUGUCUGCAUUAUGGACAUGUCUUCUUUCUUAAAAUUAGAACUACAGUCAACCAAUAGAGAGGUAGUGGACUUCCUGCAGUACAUGUGUUCCAAUGACAUUGACAUCGAUGUGGGUUCUAUUGUUCACACUGGCAUGCAAAAUGAGCGAGGUGGCCACGAGAAUGACUGCACCAUUGCUCGGCUAGAUAAGAGCAGCUUUUUCAUGAUCUGCCCUGCUACCCAGCAGUCCAAAGCCUGGGCCUGGUUAACCCGGCAUAUGCCACAGAAUGGGUCUGUGCACUUACGAGACAUCACUUCAAUGUUCACUGCCAUCAAUAUCAUUGGUCCACAUGCUCAGCAGCUUCUAGCUGAUGUGACAGACAUUUCUACAUCAAGGUCUGACUUUCGUCCAAUGACUUGCAAAAAGAUGGAUGUUGGUUAUGCCAGCGGCAUCUUAGCCAUGCGCUUGACACACACCGGAGAAGAUGGCUUUAUUCUUUAUAUCCCCUCUGAGUAUGCACUUCAUGUGUAUGACAUCUUAAUGGAGGCUGGGAAAGAUUAUGGAGUGAGGAAUGCUGGAUACUAUGCUUUGCGCCAUCUGCGCAUUGAAAACUUCUUUGCCUACUGGGGCUUGGACCUUAGUGAAAAGACUACGCCUCUAGAAUGUGGUCGUGGCUACCGAGUGAAGUUUGAUAAAGGAGACUUCCUUGGCAGGGCAGCUCUCUUACGUCAGCGAGAAGAAGGUGUUCCUCAAAGGUUUGUUCACUUCCAGCUAGAGGAUUACGAUGUCAACCUUGACCUUUGGCCUUGGGGUGGGGAGCCAAUCUACCGCAAUGGGAAGUAUGCCGGCUUGACCACAACAUGUGGAUUUGGCUUUGCUUUGGACAAGAUGGUAUGUCUUGGGUUCAUCAGUGAUUACGAUGAACGGGGACAACCCAGGAUCAUCAAGAACAGCAAUGACUUUGUCAUGAAGGAUGCAAAGUAUGAGAUCAACAUUGCAGGCUCCCGGUUCCCGGCCAAGCCGUCCAUCUACACCCCAAAGCAAAAUGUAGCCUACCUUGAUCCUGCAUUCAUUCCAGCGCCACAGAAACCAUACUAACUGCACAGGAUGCAAAGCUAAAGGACUUCAACAGUACAUAGUUCAAAUGUUGGUGAAUUCCAGGAUAGUGUAAACAGUAUACUUAUUUGCCUUCUAUUUUCCUGUUGUUUACCGAUGUUAAAGACUAUUUCCAAGAGAAAUUUGACUGUGAUUUUAAAUGCAAUUUUAAUUCUUAGCUGUCACUUACGUACAAGUCUAAAAUAUUAAAGAGCUUGUUCAUGCUGUCCGCAGAUGCCAUAAUACCAUUAUUACUAUGAGCUUUUAUAUUUUUUAACAAAGUUGGUUUUUUAAUUUCUAUAAAUUAUGCAGCAACUGGGACUGAAAGAAGUGGCAUGUAUUUACAUGCAUACAACUUUUUAUGAGGUUAGAUUUUGAUACAUGAUUUACAUGACAACAGGUCCUGGUGCUGAGAUUCCAUUUAGUAUGGAUGCAAUGGGGAAGAAAUAAACCGCUGUUAGCGUAUGAUUUAAUGUUGUUAGAGAACUGCAGCAAGUCCUGUAACUUUAAUCAGAAAAUAUGCUGUAAAGGUGACCUUACAGUCACAGAGGAAUGGGGAGUCCUUAUUAUAGGGUCAGCUUUUAUGAAGGUGACACCUAUUGCCUCCCCCAUGCUAUUUCCAACCCUCUGCUCAUUUUGCACUUGGGGGUCACUUGGAAGAUUACCUUGUGUCAUGUGUACGUCUUUGGGUUCGAGUGUUAUUGCUGUAACCAAUAGGCUGUUUGCUUUCCCUGUUAUUUAUCUUUGUGGUAACAUUUUGGGGAUACUAAUAUUUAUUGGUUGAUAAAUCUAACAACCUCAUCAAAAGAAGGCAAAAUAUUAGAAUAACAAGUGUUUUUUUUUUUUUUUAAAAAAAAUAAAAAGCAAAAUUCCAA